AUGGGCUGGAUACACGAUACCAACACGCGCAUUGCGCAGAGCGCUGUCGGACGGUACUUCCGUCUUGAAGGGUCGGGACAUCCCAAAUCCCGUCCCAACUCGUUCUUCUUCACCGAAAUCCGCGCCGGUCUGGCAACCUUCUUCGCCAUGGCCUACAUCAUCUCCGUCAACGCAACCAUCGUCUCGGACACCGGCGGCACCUGCGUCUGCCCACCAUCCAGCCCCGACUUGUGCGAGACGAACCAGGACUACCAGCUUUGUCUCUCCGGGUUGAAGCGCGAUCUCACGACCGGCACGGCAGCUAUCUCAGCUCUGACGACGUUCUGCAUGGGUCUGUUCGCCAACAUGCCCAUCGCUCUGGCGCCUGGGAUGGGUCUGAAUGCCUACUUUGCGUACACCGUGGUUGGAUAUCAUGGAACAGGUCUCGUGCCGUACCGCGUUGCUGUCACGGCCGUGUUUGUCGAAGGAUUCGUCUUCGUCGGUCUCACGAUCCUUGGGCUGCGGCAGUGGUUGGCUCGCGCCAUCCCAGCAUCCAUCAAGCUCGCGACUGGUGUUGGUAUCGGUCUGUACCUGACCAUCAUCGGCCUGACAUACUCUGCCGGAAUUGGCGCCGUUGUUGGAGCAAACGCGACACCACUGGAACUCGCCGGCUGCAGUCCGCAGUUUCUCGAUGAAGAUGGACUCUGCCCUUCUGCGUACACGAUGCGCAGCCCGACGAUGUGGAUCGGAAUCUUCCUCGGUGGCAUCCUCACGGUCAUGCUCAUGAUGUUCCGCGUCAAGGGUGCGAUCAUUAUUGGGAUCCUCCUGGUCUCCAUCAUCUCCUGGCCUCGUCCAACGCCGGUCACGUACUUCCCCUACACACCGGUCGGGGACGACAUGUUCGAUUUCUUCAAGCAGGUCGUCACUUUCCAUCCGAUCCAGUCGAUCCUUGCGGUACAGGAGUGGAACGUCAGCGAGUACGGCGGCCAGUUUGGCCUUGCGUUCAUCACAUUCUUGUAUGUCGAUAUUCUCGACUGCACCGGUACCUUGUAUUCCAUGGCCCGCUUCGCCGGAGCGAUCGACGAGAGGACGCAAGACUUCGAGGGAUCUGCUGUCGCAUAUCUGGUAGACGCCUUCGGCAUCUCCAUCGGCUCGCUGUUUGGCGUCCCGCCAGUCACGGCCUUCAUCGAAUCCGGUGCCGGUAUCUCUGAAGGCGGCGCCACGGGUCUGACGUCCAUCGUCACCGGCCUGUGCUUCUUCAUCUCGGUCUUUUUCGCGCCGAUCUUCGCUUCGAUCCCGCCUUGGGCGACGGGCUGCACGCUUAUCAUCGUUGGCUCGCUCAUGGCCAAGUCGGCGAGAGACAUCAACUGGUCGUACAUGGGCGACGCCAUCCCAGCAUUCUUGACCAUCGCCAUCAUGCCGUUCACCUACAGCAUCGCGUACGGUCUGAUUGCGGGCAUCAUGUCGUACAUCAUCCUCAACACCACCGUCUGGGCUAUCGAGAAGGCUUCGGGAGGGAGGAUCAAGCCGAAGGAUAAGGAGUUGAAAGAGCCGUGGACUUACAAGUUGGAAGGCGGGAUAUUGCCUCCGUGGGUGACGCGAGCGGCGAAGGGGAAGAAGGACUUUUGGAGGCCGUAUGAUGACGAGGAGCACCAUAACGGUGUGGUCCCGGCGGACAGGAGCUCGGAGGAGAUGGACGAGCAGAAGGUUGUGCCGAAGAGUGCUCAGAAUUGA